CUCGGGGCCGCUCCCCCCGGAGGUCACUGGCCGCCCGCGUCCCGCUCGCCAUCGCGCCCUCUCCCACCGCCGCUCCCGCCCCGGCCCCCCCCCCGCCUCGCGGCAGUCGGGAGCUAGGAGCCGCCCGCGCCCCCGCCCCGCCGCCGCCGCAGCGCCCUCCGGCCGCCAUUCCGCGCCCGAAACUUUCCAGCGCCCGCGCCUCUCGGGGACUCGCGGCGGCGGGGGCGGCCCGGGGGCGGCGCUCGGCUGCUCCGGGGCGCCGGGCCCUCCUCGGCCGCGGACGCCGGGGCGCGGGGACGGGCGGCCGCAGGGAGGCAGCGAGCGGGCCGGGCGCGGCGGCGCCGCCACAAGUUGGGCGGCUCGCGGCGAGGAUAGUCCUGAUACCUGUCUCCUCACCACACUGUUACUUGAUGUCACGACUAGGGCCCUGCCGCAUUCAUCUUUGUGGUCCUGCACCCAGCACAGCCCCUGGUAACGGAAGACAGAAAAUAGACCUAAAAAUAAACCCUGGAAAGAAGAAGGGAUUUGCUUACAUUUGGCUCUGAGAAGGUCCCUGGCAAGCCCCUUGGGUUUACAUGACUGGGUGCUGCGACGUCCACUUGUCCAACGGUCUACACACGAAGUCACCAUAAAGAGGGUGGCUCCUCCUUCGUAAAGACCUCAUCGCUGGGAGGUGAGGCUAAGAUGAGCAUAACCAGUGACGAGGUGAACUUUUUGGUGUAUCGCUAUCUCCAGGAGUCAGGUUUUUCUCACUCGGCCUUCACGUUUGGUAUCGAGAGCCACAUCAGCCAGUCCAACAUCAAUGGGACGCUAGUGCCUCCGGCCGCCCUCAUCUCCAUCCUCCAGAAGGGGCUGCAGUAUGUGGAGGCAGAAAUCAGCAUCAACGAGGAUGGCACGGUCUUUGAUGGCCGCCCCAUAGAAUCCCUCUCCCUGAUCGACGCUGUGAUGCCCGACGUGGUGCAGACACGGCAGCAGGCAUUCAGAGAGAAGCUAGCUCAGCAGCAAGCCAGUGCUGCAGUGGCGGCAGUGGCAGCAGCAGCAGCAACGGCGGUGGCAGCAGCACCCACAGCAGCUGUGUCCCAGCAAAAUCCACCAAAGAACGGAGAGGCCGCGGUGAACGGGGACGAGAACGGGGCACACGCGAUAAAUAAUCAUUCAAAACCAAUGGAGAUAGACGGGGAUGUGGAGAUUCCUCCCAGCAAGGCCACCGUCCUUAGGGGCCAUGAGUCCGAGGUGUUCAUCUGUGCCUGGAACCCUGUUAGUGAUCUCCUAGCUUCCGGAUCUGGAGAUUCCACUGCAAGGAUAUGGAACCUUAACGAGAACAGCAACGGGGGCUCCACCCAGCUCGUGCUGAGGCACUGCAUACGAGAAGGAGGGCACGACGUCCCUAGUAACAAAGACGUGACCUCACUGGACUGGAAUAGUGACGGAACACUGUUGGCUACCGGGUCAUAUGAUGGGUUUGCGAGAAUAUGGACGGAAGAUGGUAACCUGGCCAGCACCUUAGGCCAACAUAAAGGCCCCAUCUUUGCCUUGAAGUGGAACAAAAAGGGGAAUUACAUUUUGAGUGCAGGUGUAGACAAAACAACAAUAAUUUGGGAUGCCCACACAGGAGAAGCCAAACAACAGUUUCCUUUUCACUCAGCCCCCGCUCUUGACGUCGACUGGCAGAACAACACUACCUUUGCAUCCUGUAGCACGGACAUGUGCAUUCACGUGUGCAGACUCGGCUGCGAACGCCCAGUCAAGACCUUCCAAGGACACACGAAUGAGGUCAACGCAAUCAAAUGGGAUCCUUCUGGAAUGCUGCUAGCAUCCUGUUCGGAUGACAUGACAUUAAAGAUCUGGAGUAUGAAGCAGGAUACAUGUGUCCAUGACCUUCAGGCUCACAGCAAAGAGAUCUACACCAUCAAGUGGAGUCCCACGGGGCCCGCCACCAGCAACCCAAACUCCAACAUCAUGCUAGCAAGUGCUUCAUUUGAUUCUACGGUUCGCCUUUGGGAUGUCGAGCGAGGUGUCUGCACCCACACACUAACGAAACACCAGGAACCUGUCUACAGUGUAGCCUUUAGCCCUGACGGGAAGUACUUGGCCAGUGGCUCCUUCGACAAAUGUGUCCACAUCUGGAAUACUCAGAGUGGAAGCCUAGUCCACAGCUACCGAGGCACCGGCGGCAUCUUCGAGGUGUGCUGGAAUGCGCAAGGAGACAAAGUGGGCGCCAGUGCGUCCGACGGCUCUGUGUGUGUGUUAGAUCUGCGGAAGUAAACACAAAAUGCUAUAGGAAAAAGAAUUCUAAUGGACCAGCAGUGAGUGUGUGGUGUUGCCACACUCUUCCAACACAAUUCUUAGCUCCAAAACUGUACAAACCUGACUUGUGUUAGAGUGUACUUUGAAAUCAACUUGUCCCUGGCCACAGGCGUCUAUAUUUUCCGUAAUCUUCAUCAAGAAGUUUAAAACAAACAAAUACCACAGUCAUAUCACAGGGGGAAAAAAGGAUGGUUUCCAUCUGGGAUGUUCUGCCUGGGGAACACAAAGCCGCCAGCUCGACAGUGCAUGGUUUGGUUUCCAUCGGAACAGGCCCUGAUGGCUGAAAGGAGGAAAAAAAAAGCUGUGCCAAAAAACAAAAACGCAAAAUGCUGUGAUAAACCAAAAGGGGAAAAAAAAAUCCUCCUCAUUGUGGUGUUUUUUUUUUUUCCUUCCAAUUUGGACACUACAGUUGCUCUCACAAAGGACGUUCAAAGACCAGUUUAUAUCGAUGAAAGGCGCAACUUUGUAAGCCCAACACUUUCUAUUUUCUAGAAUCUUUCUUUUUUUUUGUUGUUCUGUGGUUUUUCUAUCAGCUGGAAUCCUGGUGUCUGAGGGCCUCAGGCUGAGAUGGAAACCAUUUGGGGUUUGUCGCCUCUUUGUUGUUCCCUGUCCCCUCUGCCUGUUUCCUUUGUUUGGUUUUAAUUUGCUUUUUACUACACCCUCAGUAGACGCAGCCAGAUGGACACAAGGACAAAAUCUCGGACGGGCAGCCUUCUCUCUCCCUCUGCACCGUCCUGCCUGCCCCCGCCCUCCCUGCCCUUGCUCACUCGCUGUCCCUUUCACAUAGUAGCUUCCGAUCUUAGCAUCUCAAGGGCACUUUCAGCGUGUAAUAAGUGCUUUAUGUAAGAAUGCAGGGCAGGGAGACUUUUUACAGGAGAAAAAAAAAAUGACUUAUAAGAGCCUGGAGUAUUUUUGAAAAAAAAAAAAAAUAUUUUUAUGUUAGUUUUAAAAUCCUAAAAUGGCCAUCAGACAUAGACAGCUUUGUGUGGAUCAUAUUUUAAAACUUUUAAAAAUACACAGGCAGGGUCUGAGGUAGCUUUCCCCUUUCCCCCCUAAAUUGAGCAUCACAAAAGGUGGUCAGGAAAAUGCUAGGUGGAACAGGUCAGUCCUAUGGAUCAGCAGCCCAUGAGAAAAGUGCCAGCUCCUUUGGUCCAAAGAAGAGCUGUUGCACCCUUUGGGGUGUGUUCACAGUAACAGCCAGAAAAGAAACCAGCACUGGGCAUUCUGACCCUGCGGGAGCAUUUCCAAAACCAAAAGGUGUUGAGGGAGCCACUGACGCCGGCAGCUUGACUCUUUCACCUGUUGGCUUCGUCUUGCUCCCAGCAGUGUAGCCACCGUCGGUCAGUCCACCAAGAACGCCACUGGCUGGUCCUUGCAAUGCUGCUUAAAAGGCAAUAAGGUCUGAUUUGGUCCAAUCACAAAAAUAAAUGUAGAAGGAAGCUUUUCAGUCCCAAACGUGAAUUAUGUUGGUAGAACAUCAUUAAUAAUUUCUGCUGUCUUUACAAUUUCUUUCUCUUGAUGAGACUAGGAGAAAGGUUUUUAAAAUAAUGAAUCAUUUUACUGUUUUUUAAAAAUUACAUGCAGCUUUGUGUUCCCAGAGGGGUUUCCUUUCAUAAGAUCGGGUGAGGUUUGCACUCUUUUUUUUUUUUGUCAAAACCCAACACUGACCUGUUUUCUAAAUUUGCAAUGGGGGAAAGUGGUGAAAGAUGGAGCCUCUUCUCUCACCGGCUUGUCUGCGGCCAUAGGAAGAGCUGGGCAAGCUGACUGGACCAGUGUGGGUUGUUGGAAUCCAUGCACAGUGGGUAAGUUUCCAUUGGGUGUGUUCCAGCAACAAGAUAGGGUGGCGGCCGUCUGUGGAGCUGCAAACCGAUCAUCGGGGAAGAGCAAGGGCUUCCAGUUGAACUUGGAAUGUGCCAGGACCAAAGCCAGGGUGCAGUGCCUGUUCUCCAGUUGACCUCCACUUGGGUGGUUGAAUUUCAAGCCUGUGUGUAGAAGAGCAAAAAGGACUCUGUUUACGAAUCGAGAACUUUCUUCCGGCUCUGCUACCUAGACGCUGAGCCAAGAAGGCCCAAGGUACACGGAGUCGCCACUCCCGUCUCUGAAGAUGGCAGGCUCCCCCGAGAAGAUGCUAAUUCCUGCCUCCAAAACUCAUUAAUCCUGGGAUGCAAUUUAUUGGGAUGCAGAUGAGCACCAUCUUUCCCUUGGAAAUAAAAAGGUAUUCAUCUGUCCAGAACAUCAGUUUUCAAGGAUUGGCCCGUGGUCAAGACAAGCCAAGGCCAGCUGCCAGCCCGUGACAGCGGCUGCACUGUCAGAAGAGCCGUUAGACAAUCUUCACAGGAACGGAGGCAGCCGGGGUCUUGCUCACUUCCUGGUCAUCUGAACCCUCCGGAAUGCUUAGGUUGGAGCUGAGGGCUGCAAGGCCUGGGAACAGCAAAACCACCCAUGCAGAAGGGCAGGGCUCCCCAAGACGAAGGAAGACUGUCCCCCUCCCUGCCUUCCAUGGCCAGCCGUGGAUCAGAGAGCAGCUCGCCCAGGCCACAAGGGGACCAAGCCGGAAGAUGUGGACAGCGCCCCAAGAUCAUCCCCACUGGCAGCAAAGCACCUCAGCAGCUAUUUGCUGCGUGCCCAUGUUUGCACGCCAGCGUCCGCCCUGCUGCCCGAGUGCCCACAGCCCCAUCUUCAUCACCACGGGGGUGGCCCACGGGCGUCCUUGUUCGACUGUGUACAGCUCUUAACGAUUGUGAGCAGGGCUUCAGUUGCAGUGACCAAACUUAGCCUCAAGUCUGAAAGCAGAUGUGACACGCUGAUCCCUCACUGAAUCUUCAGUUGGAUUUGAAGAGACCAAGAGCCACCCACGCCCAGCACCCCCGGGGAAGGAUGCUGCCCAUGGGGACCCAGAGGACUGGCGCUGCAUGGCGACACCUGCCCUGCCCCUGUGCAGCGCAUGCCUAGGGCUUGACUUCUGUUUUAUCUUUUAAAAAAUAGACCAUGGAGCCAAGUGAAGUGCACUUUGUCAUAUGUAAGGGUCUGCUUCCUUGUUAUUUUUCUCCUUUUAACCUUUCGUUUGGCUUUUUUUUUUUUUUUUUUUAAUUGUGUUUCUUGUCAAAGCAGAGCUGUUCUUUCUGCCACUCACUGAAGUUUUGAAUUCUGGCUUCUGCAGUUUUUAUUGUCUGUGUCAGACGUGCAGCCAGGCCUGGUUCUCCGUUGGCGUUUUCCAGAUUCUGUUAAAUCAACAUUGACCCCAAUUUCAUUCUCCGUUCCACCCCACUCACCCUCACGCUCUUUGAAAACAGAAUCACCUUGUGUGUCGUAGCUCAUUUGUUUCAAGAGAGAAUCAACAGAUCAUAUUCAGUGUCUUGAAUAAAUUGCUCUAUUUUGAUAUUAGA